AUGACAGACGACCCGGAACGCGCGUUUCCGGCUCCGACAAUAGCCGAGGACGCGGUUGAGAGGAGGAGCGCGAGCACGCAGGCGGCCAGCGUCGAGGCUCCCGCUCCCGCUCCAGCUGCAGGCCCAGCUCCAGCUCCAGCUGAGGGCGCGAGUGCCGAGCCUCAGGAAGCGCGCUCCAGGAAGAAGCGGCUGCAGCUGAGCUGCGGUGAGUGUCGCAGGAAAAAGCUCUCCUGCGACAGAGGCCGGCCGUGUCGCAGAUGCGUCAGGACGGGCAGGGCAGACCAGUGCGAAUUCGAAACCAAUCCGCGCUCAGCGCAGCUGCCUAUUGACCAGGGCGCGCAGCUGGAGCAGAUCAAGUCCGACCAGGCCGAGCUUCAGAGCCUGCGGACUGAGAUUUCCCAGCUCAAGGAGCUGCUCUCACGGCCUCCUAUUCCUCAGCAUGGCAGAGGCUCCUUCGCGGAAGAAGCGCGUGUCGGCGACUUCUCCUCCAAAAGGAGUGUCGAGGUGGAAUCCAAGGACUUCGUGACCAUAAACCGGUUUCCCAACAGCUCGAGCGACGGCCCGCCUGAUCCAAGGGAGAAAUCGCCACGAGGAUACUACAGACGACACACGUUGCUGCGCUUCUUUUCAGAGAUUCCACAGCUGUUUCCGUUCAUCAAGGAGAUUGCCGACCAAUGGCUGAAGCCCUAUGGGAUCUACAUCAAGAAGAACAAGGCCGCCAAAGAUGAAAGUUGGAGGAUGAAGAUGGCAGCCAGUGAGCAGCCACUGCUUGAAGGCCUCUUGCCACCAAAGCAUGACACGGACGUUCUCAUCGCAAUUUACCUUGAUCACUUCGAGCAGCUGCAUCGCAUUGUCCACAUUCCAACCUUCAACAGGGAGUAUAUCAAUUUCUGGACUCCAGGCAGACCGCGGUACCCGACAAUGGCAGCAAUGAUACUCGCCAUGAUUUCCGUGUCGGUUUGUGCCUCUGUUCACCUUGUUGGUUCUUCGCCUGUCCCUACCAACUACCGGAAGAUGGCUGAGAUGUGGAUCUCUUCCAUCGACGACUGGCUGCGGCUGCAAAGCACAAAGCACCGCAAGCUUGUGCACUACCAGGUGGCCAGCUUAAUGUACAUUGCCAAGCGGAUGAACUUGGUCGGCAAGAAGAAAUUCUGGAAAGACACGGGCUCCAUGAUGCAGGAUGCAGUCAUGGACGGCUUGAAUCGCGAUCCUUCACUCGCCGAUACCUUCUUCAUUAGGGAGAUGAAGAGACGGCUUUGGUACACCGUCCGCGAGCUGGAGCUCCAGAACUCCUUCGAAUGCGGCUUGCCCACUCUCCUCCACACGAUUGAGUCCAACGUCACAGCGCCGCUCAACCUUGCCGAUGAAGAUUUCGAUGACACAACGAAGCUGACGCCCAUGUCGAGACCGUCAAGCUCCUACACGGAAUCUUCGUACCAGUUCCACAGCUUCCGAAGCUGGGAGCUGCGUCUCGAGCUGUCGCGACGGCAGUUUGGUUCCGGGGUUUUCAGGGCUCUCGACUACGACGACGUUCUGCGGUAUACACACGAGAUCACACGAGCUUUGAAGGAUCUCCCUCCGUGGAUCAAUGGCCGAACAGAUGGCAAAAGCGAUGGAAGGGUCCUCUUGUCGUAUUCGAUGUUGGAGUUUCAGCUCAAAGAAUGUCUUCUGGCCAUCCACCGGCCGUAUGUGGACAGGGAUGGCAAAUACCCACUCUCGGAAACAAUCUGCUACCAAACAGCACGAGAAAUACUGCUUUCCAACAUACAGCUGGCGAAUUUCGGGGUUCAAAGUUUGACACAGCUUCGCGAAGAUCUUGCGAUUGCCUCGUUACACAUGACUCGCCUUACACUGAUGCAACCAGAAGGUUCCAACAGCAUCAUCAUGGCCAACGCCUUGGCGACUGUCGACCUGCUGGAGCAAUGCCUCCCGCUCAUUGAGGAUAAAUAUCUACGUUUCUCCGAUCCUUGGAACUUUUUCAUCAUGUGCACGGCCAUCAUGCUGAUCAAGAUACACCUCGGAAAAGAAACUCGACAAACUGCCAAGUCAUCCUGUGCACGCAGAUUCUUGGAUCUUUAUUACAAAAGUGUGUGGAUGCACCACCCCUCUGAUCUCGCUCAGCAGCAGGCCAUUUCUCGUGAUAUUGCCAACCAAACAAACGCUGCCGCUGCCUGUCCCCCAGCUCCUCCUCCAGAGGGAAGCGUCCUUCCCACCUCGGUGUGGCUCGAUAACAGCUAUCCAGAUAUUGGAAAUGACCCGUUUGAUCUCUCCGUCGAAAUGGACGUGUGGGACGAGGCGGGAUUCCCUCUGCCGGGGUUUCCCAACUGCUAGCCAGGAUCCCGAUGCCUUUCGCCCAGUUAUUCCCGAACAAUUGUCUGCAGA